AUGAAUGAAAGUAGUAGGAAGGUCCCUAUUGGCCGUUUACCAAACGAAAAAAAGCUACAAGAUCGAGGAAUACGUACUAUCCGGGCUUGUGACGGCUGUCGACAUCGCAAAUGGAAAUGUGAUGGCAAGAAGCCAAAAUGCACUCGAUGUCAAUCUCUGGACCAAGCAGCCUGCAUAUAUUCUGAGUCAAAACGUAUCGCAGAGCGUAAGCAACUGGAUGCGUCCUUGGUCAAAAUCGAAGUCUACGAGGAAUUGCUCAGGGACAUCUUACGUGAUGUCGAUGAGCCCAUUGGAAAUCGUAUUAUUCGCGUCUUGAAGGGCUCUCUUCCAGAACCGACCACAAAGACGCGUCCGGAUAGCCCCUCUAGUGAUUCCUGCUCGUCUGUGGGAUCACUGCACGAUAUUGACAGCGUCAACGAAGACCUCAACCGGAGCGAAGCAAGUAGGGCAACAGGCUACAUUGGGAAAAACUCGGAAGUCGCGUGGAUGCAACGGCUUGUAUCAGAGGCCACGAAACAAGGUUCUGCUUUCAAAGAUCAACAAAUCUAUCGACAUGACCAAGGCGCCGUCGAUGACUCUAUUUCUUCAGCAAAUUAUCAUCUCGACCAUGACCGUCUUGUUGAGCUGGACGUGAAGAAUGCUUUCUCGUUACCACCGAAAGCGCUGGCUGACCACCUGCUUCAUACAUACCUCAAUCGUGUUCAUCCCUCCUUGCCAAUUAUUCGAAAAAAUCUAUUCCUAGAACAGUAUAAUCGCGUUUUCUCCAGGCACCUGCUGCGGCCUGGAAGAAAGUGGUUGGCUGUUUUAAACAUGAUAUUUGCGAUUGGCAGUCAAAUCAGCAGGCUUUCUGAGCGAGUGGCCCAGAAUGACGAUAACGAGAAGUUAUUUUUUGCCCGAGCAAAAGCCCUGAAUAUUUCCGAAAAUGUGCUUUUUGACCAUGCAGAUCUGCAGCAAAUUCAGGCGGAAGCUCUUAUGGCUUUUUACCUCCUGAAUUUGUCGCAAAUCAACAGGUCGUGGAAAAUGGUUGGAAUCGCCAUACGCUCGGCUAUUGCCCUUGGUCUUAACCUCCGAAUCAAGGACAAGGGAAUUGGUUUGCAAGCAAAUGAGGCCCGCAAAAGGCUAUGGUGGUCGAUAUACUACUUGGAACACGUUCUUUCCGCUAUGACGGGCCGAGUCUCCUAUCUUGGAGAUGGAUGCUGUACCGUUGGUCCACCGGUUCCCUUGAUAAACCUUGAUGGCCAAUUGCCUGAUCCUUGUCACCCCGAAUAUGACUCGCCGGCCCAACAUUACGACAUAAGCUGGUCUAUUUCUCUGAAGAACGAGCAGUUACGACUUCAACAGAAGUGGUUGAGACCUGUAGAACCCAACGAGUCGACCUAUUUCUUUUAUCUAAUGGAUCUCACUUUCAUGACGCAGACUUUCACCAAUCAAGUGUAUAGCACCAACGUCCUCCAAAAAGGAUCCGCUCACAUUGAAAGCCGCAUUAUCUAUUAUAGCGAAAAGAUGGACCAAUGGGUGUCUGGCUUGCACCCUUUUUUUGCCUUUGAGGAUAAGCUUGAUCCACCAUCGGGGACGAGAUCACAGAGCCAAGUUUCACUGGCUCUUCACUAUUACAGUGCCCGUAUCCUCCUUAAUCGUCCAUGUUUCGCUCGCCCAAAAUUUGACCAGAAGAGUGGAACCAGGGUUGAGCGCUCACAUUUCCAAGUUUCACUGGCUCUUCACUAUUACAGUGCCCGUAUCCUCCUUAAUCGUCCAUGUUUCGCUCGCCCAAAAUUUGACCAGAAGAGUGGAACCAGGGUUGAGCGCUCACAUUUCACCAACGACACCGCGUUGGUCUGCCUCCGUGCGUCCCUAGCGCUAUUACGCGUAUUGCCACGCCAGCCAGAUAUAGGCUGGGCCCAUAAUGUCACGCCACGGUGGUGGCUACUUCAUUUCCUCGUGCAAUCUACUACGGUCUUACUCUUGCAGCUGUCAACUGGCCCGGUUUCUGUUCAGGCAUCGAAUGAUGCCACAGCUAAGAUUAGUGCCGGUUCCCCCGGGACAACUGAAUCGCCUGAUGUCGUCUUGGCUUCGGUGAAAAAAGCACUUUCCUGGCUAUACUGCCUUGGCAUGACUGAUGAGUCCGCUCGUCGGGCCUUUGAGCUUUGCAGUACCUCUCUUCAGCGCAUAGCCCUUGACAUUGACAAAGACCUUGAUCUCUCCGGUGUACCUGUUACUACUGCUCAAUCGAGCAAUUUUGGUUACUCGCAGAAGCAGCAGCCAACCUCAUUGGAAUCAUCUACGAGAUUGCCAUCGCUGCUGCCAGAUCUGGUUGGUCACGAUCAGCCGUCUUCGCAGUCAAUGACUAGGGACGGUAACGGGAGCGAUCACAAGCUGUUUUGUGGAUCAGCUGAUUCUCGACCAUCUUCUGAGUAUCUGCAACAUUAUUCUGCUAUAGUUGAUAGUGAUGUUGAUAUGAUAGAGUGUAUUUGGGGCCUCGAUGACUCUGCUUUUGAGGAGAUGCUGUCAACGAUAGAGUCCGACAUUUAG